UGCCUGGAACUUCUCCACUGAGAAAGAAAAAAUGAUAUUUUUGUUCCAACUCAUUUCUAUUCUAGCAAUCAUCAAAGAUGUCCAAAUGGAGGUCCAGCUGGUGGAAUCUGGAGGGGAUGUGAGAAGGCCAGCAGAAUCCCUCCAUCUCUCCUGCCAAGCUUCAGGCUUCACCUUCAGCAGCUAUGAGAUGGCCUGGGUGAGACAGGCUCCAGGGAAAGGUCCUGAAUGGCUUGCGUGGAUAGACAAUAAUGGAGAUGGGAGCAGCCACACUUAUGCCAAUUCUGUGAAAGGCCGUUUCACCAUUUCCCGGCGAGAUGCCUCCAGCAUGCUUUAUCUCCAAAUGAACAGCUUGAAACCAGAGGACACAGCUGUGUAUUAUUGUGCUGGAGACUCACAGCUACACCCACCAACGAAAAGUUUGUGUGCUUUCCCAAAUUCUCUACUAUCAGUUCUCCUCCAUUUAUCAGAAGGAGCAAAAAUGAUCCUGUGGCUUAACUUGGUCUCCUUACUAGCGGUCUUUAGAGGUGUCCGAUCCCAGGUCCUAUUGGUGGAGUCUGGAGGGGAUGUGAGAAGACCUGGAGGGUCCCUCCGUCUCUCCUGCCAAGGUUCUGGAUACAACUUUGGUGGCUACAGCAUGAGCUGGGUGAGACAGGCUCCGGGGAAAGGACUGGAAUGGGUUGCACGCAUCUAUUCUGAUUCCAGUGGAAAGUUCUACUCAGACAAAGUGAAGGGACGCUUCACCAUCUCCAGGGACAAUGCCAAAAGCCAGCUGUAUCUGCAAAUGAACAGCCUCAAAGCUGAAGACACAGCAAUCUAUUACUGUGCUAGAUACACAGUGAGAGGAAGUGAAUCUGAAUCCAGACAAGAACCUUCUGUCCCUUAGAGCAGAUCUCCAACUGGAUUCAGUCCCAGAAAGUUGAAUUUGAGUCUUUGAACUGAGCAGAAGGUGAUCAAUCUACAUCACAGCAAUAGACAUAUUCCAUGGAUCUGUAGAACACUUUAAGACU